CCUGGUAGGUUGGGCAAUACUGCAUCCACACCGGGUGCUGGUGAUAGGCACAGUGCAAACAGCCAGACACUUAUUUACAUGUAGCGGUCUGUCUGGUUCCAGCACUUAAUCUUCCAGGCUCCACCAGCAGUAGGUAGCCAGCCCCUGAUCUCCUGCAGCAAAAAUGCCAUUUAGCUCCUGCCCAUACUGGAGAAUGCUGUUUUUUGUAAGUUUAGCAGGGUUUCUUUCAGAUUUGUCUGAAACUGGAGCUUUUGCCAGUCAGAGUGACUGCGACAGUACAACCAUAGAUAACGUGACUCAGAGCCUUCAGAAAUAUUCAACAUGCCUUUCUGAAAUGGCCAAAAAAGAUGGACGAGAUUCACUCAAUCGCUUUAUCUGGAUACUGAAAGACAGUCUUACUCUUCUGCAACCUUUGCAAGGCAAAUUUUGCAAGCAUCUGCCUCAGUGCCCGCAGCCUAUUGCCCCUAAGAAUGGUGGGAUAGUGUGCAUCACUAUUGGCAGCACUGAGUACUGCAAACCCAUGUGCAACAAGGGUUACGAUUUCUCAUUCCUCAGAAGAAGCAGGCUGUAUGAAAGCUGUGGUAGUAGCACUGGGUUCACCUGGACGACUCAGCUGACUGGAGGGCAAACACUGGCUGUCUGUGAAUCCUCAGAGAAAGCAAUGAGUGGAGCUGAAUCUGCCUAUUUCCCCGACAACAGCAGCUGUCUGCACACAUUAGCCUACAGUGAGCACGAGCAGCUGGACACCUUCCUCAAAGAGCUUGCUAAGCAAGGCAUAGACACCUUCAACCACGACAAGGAGGCAGACUGUCUAAUAUGUGGUUAUUAGCAGGAGGGACUAGCAGGCAUGGCUUGCUUGUACCACAGACCAAGUGGCUGGCUGUGGUUGGAUGUGAGUAUUUCAACAAGAAAAGCAGUAAAAUCCCUCCUAAGAGCUAUGAACAUACAGCUUGUAUUUAGUUAAAAGAUUUGAGAUCACAGUCACCAUUUGACCUCAGCUCUUGGGUACAGAUGCAUACACUAAAUCUAGUUGCAUAGCUCACAGCAGGGGCAUUUCAAAGAAUGCAGUUUAUAUUUUUAUGCCUUAAAUUUGUCUUACCGUAAUUAUAAGGGAAUUACAGCCUCUUAAUUGAUGCAUUCAUUAGUUAAGCGCAGUAAUUGUUCUCAGAAAUCAUCUUCUGUAAAGAUGGAUCAUUUUUAUGGAGGAAGAGUUGUGCUUCUAGUUGCUUUCACAGUUGUCAGUUGUUAAUCACUGUUGUUGCUUUGGUGACCAUUAAAACUAUGCAAGUCACAGCAGCUAUGGCUAUAGGAAACAA